AUGCCAGGCGGAGACAGUCCACGGACCAGUUUUGCGUUUGACCAGUUUAAGCAGACGUUUAGUCUAAUUGGAGCUCAAGAAAUAUCAAAAAUGGCUGGAAUUGACAAGAGAAGAAUAAAAACUGUAAAUAUCGGAGGCCAUUUGGUACCCAGUUACAUGAAAAGGGAACACCGGAGAGGUUCGGAGUGUCUGGUGACCUACUGGGUAGAUCAAAAACUUGGAAUGCGAAUGAUUAUCGAUUACUCGUCGAAACUUUUCAACAAUUAUGAAAUUUCUACUGUUUUGAUGGGAAAAUAUGAUUUCUACAUUAUUGAUUACUUGAUGACUCGACAGAAAUCCGUUCCAGAUGUUGAAUUUAGUGGACACAAGGAAACAGUGACAGAGGAUCAAUACUUGUUCUUAUUGAGAAACGCCAUCGUAACCAAACAUCUCAGCAUUGCUUCAUCUCCACCUGAAAACUUCCAGUAUUCUGGAACAUUCCAGAACUAUGGGACAUUGAUUCUAGGUUCUGGAUUCUGGGUGACACUGGACAAUCUGAUUGCAAUGAAAUCGAAGGUUAUCAUUAUUCGAGGCUCCAAAUUGAUCAGUUCGGAAUUCAAUCGAUAUUUGAAAAAUUGGUUGAUUGGAGGAGGGUCUUCUGAGAUCAAAUAUCUCAGUGUUGAAGUCAAAUCACUCGAUUUAAAUUUGGUCUUCAAAGAUUUAGAGAAUCAAGUUGUACUGGUUGAGAAGAGGAGGCAAUACACAUGGAUGGAAGAAGGUGUGCUGGAAUUCGGUCAUAGUUAUGACCUGACACGUGACGACGGUGUGACUGCUACAGUAUACCAGGGCGCAGGUCGUGAUGGAACUCGGAUGUUCGAGAUGGUUGUGUGGCCCGAUUUUUGUGGAAAUCAGUUUUGA